UCUCUUCAUGUAAAUCUUAGUAGCUAAGUUUUGAAAAACACGAUUACUUUUCCAGGAAAUCAUGAAGCAUGGGGGGUAGAAGACCUGAAAUUUGGAAAGAAUUCUAAAAUAGAGUAAGGCUAAACAAACAUUGUUAAGCAUGACUGGGAAUGAUACUCCUCCGAGAAACAAUACCCCAAACUGAUCUCCAGCAGUAUGCUGAGCACUUCUAAGUAUUAUCCACCUUCACAUCAAUCUUCUCGUUGCUCUUUUACACAGGCCAAAAUCCAUUUUCCAUAUCUUCAAACAUUGCAGACUCAUGGAGUGUUUUAUAGAAUAUUUGCUGUCUGUUUAGUUUCAGAACAAUGAGAAUUCGCCACAACUGAGCCAUUUGCCCCGGAGUGUUGAUGAAUCUAGUUUGAACCCCUUGCAAUUAAGUCAUUAUCAGCAUUGCGAUUUUCAGAUUCUCAGGAAAAUAACACUUGGUUAACAUAAACAAAUUCCGUCGAAUAUCAGGUGGAAAUUAAUACAAAUUUUGCUUGCAAGAUGUACAACACGGGAGAUAUAUACAAGUUCAGAUCUUUCCAAAGAAGGGAUUCAAAUCAUCGUGAUUUGUGCGCCUCUAGCUGCCUAAAAUUGGAUAUUUAACAUCAUGAUUCAUGAUCGUCAACAUUUUCUUCAUUAUUUUUGCUCGCAUUUUUCUCCAGUCUAAGCUAUUCCAUUUCCUGUUCAUUAUUAGAUCUCACUCUCAGGCAACAAAGCCAUCCCCAGAAAGAUCUUCUCAGAAUCCUGUCACCAAGAUGGCAGCAAGCAAUACCAUCGUUGGUACAAUCAACUUCAUCACCUUGCUUCUCUCAAUUCCAAUCAUUGGUGCUGGAAUCUGGCUCGCGAACGAACCAGACAACUCUUGCGUGAAGAUUUUGCAAUGGCCUCUUAUAAUUCUAGGCAUCUCAAUCUCGGUCGUGGCUCUAUUAGGUUUCGUAGGAGGGUGUUGGCGCAUCACUUGGCUCCUCAUCGUGUACCUUGUCGCCAUGUUCAUCCUUAUAGUACUGUUUGCGUGCUUGGUUGUUUUAAUUUAUUUGGUCACCAAGAAGGGUUCAGGGCACCCUGCUCCAGGUCGCACGUACUUGGAACAUGACCUUGAUGAUUUUUCUGGUUGGCUUCGUCGAAAAGUGGCAAGUCCUUAUAAGUGGAAUCGGAUAAGAGCCUGCCUUAACUCGACAGAUAUGUGUUCUGAGUUAAACCAGAGAUAUCGCAUAGCUCAGGAUUUCUUCAAUGCUCGGUUAACCUCUAUACAGUAUGGAUGCUGUAUGCCCCCAGCUGAAUGUGGGUACACGUAUAUAAAUCCAACGUAUUGGCUUACUCCCAACAAUACAGCAGCCAGCAUGGAUUGCUUGCAAUGGAGCAAUGACCAGAUGCAACUUUGCUUCCAUUGCGAUUCAUGCAAAGCGGGAUUACUUGCUAACUUGACCAAAGAAUGGAGAAGUGUAGACAUCAUAUUGCUCAUUACUCUUGUUGUUCUGAUAUGUGUGUAUCUGAUAGGAUUUUGUUGUGCCCUUAGGAAAUCUAAACCUGGAGAUGGAGACACAUCUCCCAGACGCAACAAGGAAAAUACCUAGGACCGUCUUGAUCUCCUUCCAACUACAAUACUUGUUUUUGUUGUUUUUCUUCAUUUUUAAGUUGCCAUGUUGGAACUUGAAAGAGAUGGGAUUCAUUUGGAGUUGGAACUUCAAAUCCAAAUAUUAUUUUUAUCCAUGUAAACUAGUAAUUAUCGAGAUUUGGCUUUGAAUGUUGUGUAAAGCUGAGUGCUGUUCCUUUGCGUGAUUUGCGGAGGCAACCGAAAGAUGAUUGUUAAUUUGUCUAUCACGAGGAAUUAGCAGGGCAGCAGCAAGUAUUUGUGGGGUUUCA